AUGAUGUCUUCCACGUUCGCCCCGAGCCUUACGCGAAGAGACACGGCCAAAUCAGGCACCGGAUAUGAGAAUGCUCAUGGCGGAAUUCCUCCUGUCAGCGGCGGAGGGGGCCCGUUUGGGCCCCAAAGUGCCGGAGCUAUCUACCAACAAAUUCAUGAUAUGGCUGCGAAACGGAUUUCCACUUUAGACUAUCUGAGGAAGGCUCUGGAGGGUCGCGUUUACUGGUUCAAUACCGUACAUUUCUCUCGAGCCGAUAUCAGUCGCCUGCCAUACUUCGAGGCUCGAAAGCUCUCUCGUCGGGCCGUCAACUAUCUUCUCCUUGGCCUGUCCCUUCCCCCGAUCCUCGACGUCAAUUCAACCCCAUUCGAGUAUCUCAAAGUUCUCAAUGCCCUUUUGAUGGAAUUCGAAGCCUUCCAGCAAGUACAUCCUCCCGAUGGCACCUCGUCGUCAAGUCUUGCCAGAGCACGGAUACCUCAAAUGUUCAAGCGAGCAGCUCAUGCUGGUACCAAAACCCGGAGAGCCAGCUCCGCUACCGAAAUCGGACUGCCGAUGCAGACCAGUGAUCCCUCCGAUCUUAAAAGUGCUGCUGGGAAUGUCGCAUCGCCUUCGACAGCUACCGCUGCUUCGGUGAUAUCAUUUCCUUUGACAGAGUCCUCCGAUCUCCUGCCAGGUGAAGAAUACACCUAUCUGCUAACACCUUCAUUGCCUUUCGAACCGGAUUUCUUCGAGACCUUCGCAACUCUCUGCGAUGUAUUGAUCGAUUGUUAUAGCCGUAUCACGACAUUGGUCUCGUCUCCAUCCGUUUGCACAGUAGCAUUGGGAGAAACGUUCUCCAAGGCAGAUGCAAAGCUCCGAAAAAUCAUGGUGGCAGGAGCGGUUCGAGAAUUUGAAGACGCAAGUCGAAAUGGAGUCAAAAAUGAAGUGGCUGGUGUGAGCCGCGUGGUGCUCGGCGGACUUCUGGGCUAG